UGGACCCGGAGCUGCUCACACACACACAGGCUGAGCGGGUCCGACGUUCUUCACUUUCAAUGGAGGAACAGCCCAAAGAUCGGGCACAAGACAGACACUACUACCAGCACGGAGGGGACAGGAGCUCAACCCAGCGCGCAGCUUGUCUGAAAAAUGAUCAGAGCCACUUCCAGCGCCAGCAUCAGGAAACGCAGACGAAGAAAACAGGCGUUAAAAAAGUAAACGUCAGCGACGAGGAAGGAGAGAAGAAUCCACGGCUGUCUGAUACCGUCGUUAUAUCGCAUCCUUCGAACAGCAGCGGCAACAGACACUUAAAUAAUGCAAAUGUGAAGCAAAAGGGGACGCAGAAGUUCUACACGUCUGUUCCGAGAGCGAGCAGCAAGCUGUCAGGGCAUAAGAAGAAUAUGGACUAUAAAAAUGACAAGGAAAAGGCUGCGGGUUUGAGUCCUCAUGAGCUCCAGCCUUUGGAUAAGAGAGACUCUGCUUUGCUUCAGAAUGGUGUUGUAAAUUGUGGCCUCAUUAUAAAUGGCUAUUCUAGCAAGGACAAUGAUGGCAGCGGCUCUGAAGGUGGAUAUACUACUCCGAAGAAACGCAAGGCCAGAUGUAACAAUGCCAAGAACACUGAUAAUGUGACGAGGGAUAAAGACAAAGACAUGCAGCCCCGCAACACUACGCACGAGCUGGGAGCUUUGAACCUCGAGGCGACCGAGAAAGGCAGAGCCGCCCAUAAAGUCGAAGCUCAGUCGGCGGCCAAGCGGACCGUGGCGUCGGAGACUUCAGUGGGUGAAUCUCAAAGGAAAAACUCGGAUGGCAAAACAGCUGGAACGUUUGGUAAAAGAAGCGAAGAAAGGCACAAAGGCAAGCUUUCCUCACCUUCAAAAGAGGACUCGUGGACUUUGUUUAAGCCCCCUCCCGUGUUUCCUGUGGACAAUAGCAGUGCUAAAAUUGUUCCUAAGAUCAGUUAUGCAAGUAAAGUAAAAGAAAACCUCAAUAAAGUGGCUCAAACUGGAGAAGAGGUAACUGCUCCUCUUCCUCCUGUAAGACUGACUCAAGUUCCGAUGUCUGCUAUGAAAACUAUCUCCUCAGCUAGCUUUACUAAUGGUCCUGUUUCUGGAAAUGGAAACGGCUGCCCGUCUUCGGGCACCUUCUUCGUUCCUGCUGCUAGUGUUCAAUCAGCCCCAUCUAUCCCAAGCGGCGAGAAUGUAGCAUCUUUGGAAAGUAACUGUAGCUCUACAACAAGUCCUGUAGACGGAGAAGCAAGUGAGCUUAAGAAGUGUACUCUCUUAGUCUACCCUUUAAAUAUGCAACCCGUGCUCCCGAGCGCUCGUCACCUUGACCCACCGGCUGCUCAGACAAAUCAGAAAGCCCUGGGAGACAUCUUCCAGAAUCAGUGGGGGCUCUCCUUCAUCAACGAGCCCAACUUGGGACUAGAAGGAGGAAAUGUGCCUGCUGAGGACCAGACUUCUGUGACUUCUCGACACGAGAGUCAGACUGUUGGAGACAAGGUUGCCCAGCCCUUUUUUGAUGUUAGCCCAUCAUUUAUAGAACCUGGCGCUUUGUCUCAAGACCCAGAGAAAAGGACUUGUGGCGCCUGCCAAGUGUCAAACGCUUGUUCUCCUUGUGUGGUCAGCGAGGAGGAGGCCAAGUUGCAGGAAAAUACAAAGGCUGAGCUUAAAGGUGCAGGUUCUUCUGGGUCGGCUGCCAGUAAAGACAAUGGUGCUAAGCCUGCACAGGGCCAGCAAACCACUGUGUUGUUUGGGUCUCCUAAAGAGCAGAGCCUCGCUAAAGACAGGAGGUGUAGCUGGGGGUCGUUUGAUGUUAAAGCUGCUGUCGCCUAUCACACUAAAGAAAUGGAAUUCGUUUUCAACUUGCAAAAACAAGAUCCAAAAAGAGUAGUGGUUUAUGACGAGACCAAGGACGGACCUGAUCACUGAGGUAGACUUUUUCUUCUGGGUGCUGCAGUUUUCUACCUUGAAGAGAGAAAACAAAAAUCCUGUUGGAUAAGGUGACAACUGUGAAAACUCUGACAUCUAAGCAUGUUUCCCCCUGGAUCCUCGGGUAUAAUAAGACAAUUUUAUUUUCGUUUGUUUUUUAUUGUUUGUUUUGUUUGGAGGGCAUCAUAAGAACGAACACUCUCUGGAUGGACUGAAACAGGUUGAUCGGUGCCUCUCCACCACAAUGAAUGAACUCUGUGCAACUUUCUAGCUGUGGUAGUCCUCGUCUCGUGGCUUUUAAGGGAUGAUGUUCAGGAGUUGAACAAAAGGAAGGUGUCUCUGACUG